AAGCCUGAGAAGCUGGACAAGCCAGAGAGCUGUGAUAAUGUCAAGGUGGUUGUUCGAUGCCGGCCUCUUAAUGAACGAGAGAAAGCUACGGGCUACAAAAUGGCAGUCAACGUAGAUGAAAUGAGAGGCACUAUAACUGUUCAUAAAACAGACUCAUCCAAUGAGCCUCCCAAGACAUUUACGUUUGACACAGUGUUUGGACCAGAGAGUAAACAGCUGGAUGUCUAUAACUUAACCGCAAGACCUAUUAUUGACUCUGUCCUAGAAGGAUACAAUGGUACUAUUUUUGCAUAUGGGCAGACUGGAACAGGCAAAACUUUCACCAUGGAAGGGGUCCGAGCAGUUCCUGAGCUUAGAGGCAUCAUUCCCAAUUCCUUUGCCCAUAUAUUUGGUCACAUUGCCAAGGCAGAGGGGGAUACAAGGUUUUUAGUUCGUGUGUCUUACUUGGAAAUUUACAAUGAAGAAGUGCGGGACCUGCUGGGAAAAGACCAGACACAGAGGUUAGAGGUUAAAGAGAGACCUGAUGUGGGAGUUUAUAUCAAAGACCUUUCAGCUUAUGUCGUAAACAAUGCAGAUGAUAUGGACAGAAUCAUGACUCUGGGACACAAGAACCGUUCUGUUGGAGCCACAAACAUGAACGAGCACAGCUCCCGUUCACAUGCCAUCUUCACUAUCACUAUUGAGUGCAGCGAGAAGGGGGUUGAUGGAAACAUGCAUGUGCGCAUGGGCAAACUGCAUCUUGUUGAUCUUGCUGGUUCUGAAAGACAGGCGAAAACUGGAGCCACAGGGCAGCGACUGAAGGAAGCUACUAAGAUCAACCUCUCUCUUUCCACACUGGGGAAUGUUAUCUCUGCGCUGGUGGAUGGCAAGAGCACCCAUGUGCCCUACCGUAACUCCAAGCUUACGCGGCUCCUUCAGGAUUCUCUGGGGGGCAACUCCAAAACCAUGAUGUGUGCAAACAUUGGUCCGGCAGAUUACAACUACGAUGAGACUAUCAGCACUCUCAGGUAUGCAAACAGAGCCAAGAACAUAAAGAACAAGGCCAGGAUUAAUGAAGAUCCCAAGGAUGCUUUGCUCCGCCAGUUUCAAAAAGAAAUUGAAGAGCUGAAGAAAAAACUGGAAGAAGGGGAAGAGAUAUCUGGUUCUGAGACCAGUGAUUCUGAAGAGGAGGAUGAAGAUGAUGAUGGGGAGAUUGGAGAAGAUGGGGAGAAGCGGAAGAAACGGCGGGAUCAAGCAGGCAAAAAGAAAGUUUCCCCUGAUAAGAUGGUAGAGAUGCAAGCAAAGAUUGAAGAGGAGAGAAAAGCUCUUGAAACUAAGCUUGAUAUGGAAGAAGAAGAAAGAAACAAAGCCAGAGCUGAACUGGAGAAGAGAGAAAAAGACUUGCUUAAAGCUCAACAAGAACACCAGUCCCUGUUGGAGAAACUGUCUGCAUUGGAGAAGAAGGUGAUUGUGGGAGGAGUGGACUUGCUGGCAAAAGCAGAGGAGCAAGAGAAGCUUCUAGAAGAAUCAAAUAUGGAACUGGAAGAACGAAGGAAGAGGGCAGAGCAGCUUCGCAAGGAGCUUGAGGAGAAGGAGCAAGAACGCUUGGACAUUGAGGAGAAGUACACCAGCCUCCAGGAAGAAGCACAGGGGAAAACCAAAAAGCUGAAGAAAGUUUGGACCAUGCUUAUGGCUGCAAAAUCAGAGAUGGCAGAUCUGCAACAAGAGCAUCAGAGAGAGAUUGAGGGAUUACUGGAGAAUAUUCGGCAGCUGAGCAGGGAACUUCGCCUUCAGAUGCUUAUCAUAGACAACUUCAUUCCUCAGGACUACCAGGAAAUGAUUGAAAACUAUGUUCACUGGAACGAAGACAUUGGAGAAUGGCAGCUGAAAUGCGUUGCAUAUACAGGAAACAAUAUGAGGAAACAGACGCCUGUCCUGGAUAAAAAAGAAAAAGAUCCCUUUGAAGUGGAUCUCUCCCAUGUGUACUUAGCUUACACUGAAGAAAGCUUGAGGCAAUCUCUGAUGAAGCUGGAGAGGCCGAGGACUUCAAAAGGAAGGUCCAGGCCCAAGACGGGUAGAAGAAAACGUUCGGCAAAGCCAGGAGCCGUCAUUGACUCUCUGCUGCAGUAGGUGUGACCUGUUCAGAAUUGCCGUAAAAAUCAGUGAGUGUGUAAGGCUUGGCCAGAAUAUGGAAUUCAAGAAAUAGCACAGUUUGAUAUGGCUGUAAAAUCCAUGCCUUGCUGGUAUGGAGCUUUAUUUAAAAAAAAAAAAAUUCCUUAGUUGCCCGUAUAUUGUAUGUUAUAUUAACAUAAUAUUAAGCUGGUAUAUAUGAUGGUUGUGAAAUUCCAUGUGUUAAAUGUGUCGUGCAGGGAAACUAUUGUUGGCAACCCUUGUUGAAAUGUAUAGAAAACAAGGGUUCUAGAUGUGUGUUUAAGUGCUAGACAUGUUAGCGUGAAACGGUUGAUGAAAUCCUGAAAUUUAAGGCUGGUAAAUCUGAUUUAUGCCCUGCUUUGCACAUAACUGGCAGCUUUCACUAUUGUCCUCUGUUGCACUGAUCUGUGUUUGAAUGUGGUUGCUGCAAACCUUUGAAUUAAGAGCAUCAAACCCUUUUAUUUAAAUAUUCCUCACUGUGGCUAUUAACCUGAUCGUAUUGUGUAUGAAAUACACAGUCCUUUUCCCUUCAUUUGCUGUCUUGCUGUACAAAGAAAGUAGGUAGGUAGGGGAAACAUGAACUACAAACUUCUGGAAAGGGACCAUGCUCUGUUUAAGUGCAACAGAAAACAAGUGUGUCUAAGUAGUGCUUUUAUUUUUGUCUAUUUGUGUGUCAUCUGCUGGCACUGGGGAGAGUGAGGCCUUUGAUGCCAAGGCAAGAGAGCUUUUUUCCCCUCCUUUUAUUAAGGCUGUGUUGCAGCAUUGCUUUGGCUGCUUUUUACGCUUCUGAGCUGGAAUUUUUUUAAAUGUAUAUGAAUUGUUUUGUAAUCUGAAACAGCAGAGAUUAUUUAAGGGGAAUGCUAUAACACUAG